GCAAUUAUUGUUUUGGAUUGUGUGUGCAGUUUACGGGCUGCAUUGUGUCGGUCCGAAAUCGGUUGAUAAUAUAAUUAUAGCAUAAAUUCUAUGCAAAAAAAAGCAAAUAAAAAAUCAGCAGACAUUUAUUAAAUCUAAUUAAAAGAAUAUUAAAUAAAGUGCGCAGAAAAACAUAAACAAAUAAUCAAUACAACAGUAUUAUUGUUGCCGAUAAAGUUACCACAACGACAACAGCAGCAGGAAGCAAGAAAAAUACAAACACAAUAGGAGAAAAUUAAUUUUUCCGUGUGGACACAAAAACUAGUUGUAUUACUUCAUUACACAAGAAAAAAGAACAAACCAAAAAUGGCUACCAUAUCCCGUUUUGUUUUGAAUACUACGGCACCACGUUUGUGUUUUAUUAAAUCAUCAACCAACACAACUACUAGAGCAUUAAUAGGCCUAACAAACACUACUACAACAUUAUCGAAUAACAUCAAUUCAAACAUCUCUAGCAAACAGCAAAACUUUAUACGAAAAUCGUUAACAACUUUGCAAACGAUUGCUGCCACCACCCCUAACAUAGGCUUCCAAAAUAAAAAUGAUGCUCAAAUGCGUGAUUAUACUUCAGCUCCUAAGGGAGCAACUAGAUCUUUUACUGGCACUUCAGCUGCUACUCCCAUGCUGUUAAUGUCCAAAUAUAAACCCUUACAACAAAUACGUAAUUUUUCAAGUUUAAAUAUGCCAAUGCAGUCCCAGUGUUCUAAACUAGUUCAUCAAGUAAGCAAAAAUUUGUUUUUUUUUUUAUUAUUCUUAAUUUUAAAACUAAUUUUCCUCGUAAUACUUUUUAGAUUCAAAAAACCCACCGGCAAUCCAUUGGUUUUAAUGAUGGCCUGGCUAAUGGCCAAACAGAAGCAUCUUAAGAAAUAUGCUGAAAUCUAUACAGAAUUAGGUUUUGAUGUCAUGGUCGUACACAUUACACCCUGGCAAUUAUUGUGGCCCGUCAAGGGUACACAAGUGGUGGCUGCCGAGACCCUCAAGUUUUUGGAAAGCAACAAAUCAUAUGAACCCAUUGUAUUGCAUGGAUUUUCAGUGGGUGCCUAUCAAUUUGGUGAAUUAAUGUUACAAAUGUCCAGAGAUAUGGAUCGUUAUUCACAUAUACUUAAUCGUAUUAUAUGUCAAGUAUGGGAUAGUGCCGCCGAUAUUACCGAAAUACCGGUGGGUGUACCCAAAUCGAUAUUUCCCAAAAAUUUACGUAUGCAAACGGCACUACGUAAUUAUACACUCUACCAUUUGAAAACAUUCCACAAUCAGGCCACCGUACAUUAUAUGCGUUCGAGCCAAAUGUUCCAUUCUACACUCUGCAAAAAACCUGCCCUUUUCUUUGUCUCCGAUAAUGAUCUAAUCGGACCACCUUCCUCUAAUCAAGCUGUACGUGAGAAUUGGGAGAGAGCUGACAUAAAAGUAACCUGGAAAUGUUGGAAACAUUCGUUACAUGCCGGUCAUUUAAUGAAACAUCGUGAAGAAUAUUUAGAUUUAUUAUUUAAACAUUUAGAAGAGUGUGGUGUCUUGGAGGCCAUAGGUGUUAAGCAAAGAGCCAAAUUGUAAAUAAUUAUUACAAAACAUAUUUAACAUUAAAA